AUGUUCCUGGGCAUAGAGAAUGGAGAGACUGCAUUUUACUUAUCUGUUGAAGGUGGUCAUGAAAAAUGUGCUGAACUCUUACUGGAAGCAGGGAGUGACAUCAAUGUUUUAACUCAAAACAAUAGCAGUGCUUUGCAGAUUGCAAUUCAGAAUGGACAUCUAUCUUUGGUUACUUUUCUCAUUGAUAAGAAUAUUGACCUGGUUCCUAAACCUGAGCAGAAGAAUUCCCCUCUCCACUUAGCAGUCAUCAAUAAUCAUCUACCAGUAGUAAAAAGCCUCUUGGAUGCCAAUCAUGAUAUAAACUCCUUAAAUCAUAGGCAGGAAACCCCUCUGCAUCUGGCAGCUGAUCUUGGCAAUGUGGAGCUGGUGGAAGUGCUGCUGAAGGCAGACUGUGAUCUCAGGACCGUGGAUAAGCAUGGAAAAACUGCACUAGCUGUGGCAUCAAGGAGCAAUCAUGCCCUCAUUGUAGACAUGAUCAUUAAAGCAGAAAGGUAUUAUGCCAUGAAACAGGAACGUCUAGCUCUUAGUGAUGACGGGUCAGACUUUGGCUUCUCCUUCAAACAAGAUCAUAGUACACAGACCAAGCAAAUCCGUUCCUCCCUUUGGAACCUAGCAUACAACCAGUUAAAACCCCAGGAAUGGAAAAAACUGGCCCUAUUCUGGAAGUUCACAGAUGAACAAAUUAAAGCUAUUGAACAACAAUGGACAGGGAAAAAAAGUUAUAAGGAACAUGGAAACAGAAUGUUGCUCAUCUGGUUACAUGGUAUAGUGCUGGCUCAUCAGAAUCCUGUCAAACAUAUAUAUGAAGAUCUCGUGGAAGCAGGAUUUCAGCCUUUAGCUGAGAAGAUGAGAGCUGUGAGUAGCACCGACAUGGACUCCAGAAAGUGUGCAAUUUCAUGA